AUGCCGACUGGUGAGCGCAGUUUCUUGGCUCGCCACUUGCUCGCUGCCUCUUCAUCCGUAACCUCCACCUCGCCCCUCGCCGUCAGACAACUUCCACAUCGCAGCUCCCUCUGCCCAUCUUCCACCCUGGCGCCUAGAUCCCUUCUCUUCGCCGCCGCCUGCCACCUCGUCUCCGCCGCCUGCUUCCUCUUCUCCGCCCUCCUCAUCCUCCGCACGAUCUACACCUCCGCCCACCCGCCCACCGCUCGCCUCGACCUCGCGAUGGCCCCGUCCGCUCAAGGCUGGCACGCCCGCGCCACCCCGCUUCCCACCGCCGACGCCAGCGGCUUCGCGCCCACCGCCGACGCCCUCGCCUUCGUCGUCCUCCUCAACGCCCCCGCGGACCCCGAGGGCUUCACGAUGGCCCUCUUCCGCCCGGACGUCGCCGUCGACGCGCGUGGGCGCGCACUGCGCCUCCAGGCCGACGACGCCGUGGCGCUGCUCGCGCUCGCGGAGCGCGCGAACGCGAUGCCGGACACGGGCAGCUUCAUGAACGCCUGGCGCGUCGCGCACCCGCGCACGUCGCAGAAGAUCGACAGGCUGUUCGUGAGGACGCCCGAGGGGCGCUUCAGGGAGACGAGCGUCCAGGGAUGGGAUCCCGUGUUGAAGCAGCUCAAGACCGCAGUGGGAGAGUAUGAGGAGCUUCCCCCGGUUCUCUACGAGUUCUUCGGGUACGUCCAAGAGGCCAGGGACGGCUUCCAGAAGUUGGAGGCGAACCAGGAUAUUAUCACACAAGUUACGGCCCUUGCGACUAGCUGA